AUGGAUCGUGCCGCGGGUUCUGUUGCAUAUCCCCCAUACUUCGAUGGCCACAAUUAUGGUGCUUGGAAGGCUAAGAUGAAGUCGUUUCUUUGGUCCUUAGAUGAACGUGUAUGGUAUACAGUAGUUCAUGGAUUUUCUGAACCCAAAAAGACGAUUGGAAAAGGAGAUAGAGAAACCACAGUUCUCAAAACUAGAGAGGAGUGGACCACUGCAGAAGCCACACAUAGCACUAAUAAUCAAAAGGGGUUAAAUGCUAUAUUUACUACUGUUUCUUCCGAUCAAUUUGAAUACAUCUCUAGUUGCGAUACUUCUAAGGAAGCUUGGGAUAUUUUGCAGGUCACUCAUAAAGGAACAUAUACUGUCAAGGGAGCCAAGCUUCAAAUGCACACUUUACAGUUUGAGACAAUCAUGAUGGAUGAGAAUGAAACCUUUUCUGAAUUUUAUGCUAAACUUUGUGUUAUUAUGAAUGCAUGUUCAAAUUUAGGUGAAAAAAUUCCAGAAGAUAGGGUGGUGAAAAAGAUUUUAAGGUCCUUGCCUCAACGUUUUUCACCAAAGAUCACAGCCAUUGAAGAGAUUCGUGACCUGAACACUCUGAAAGUUCGUGAACUCAUAGGGUCACUUCAAACCUACGAGAUGAAGCAUUUAGCUCCUAAAAAGAAUAAAAGCGUUGCUCUUAAAGUAGUUGAUAAAGAAGAUGGUGAACACCAAUUUGAAGAAUUCAAUGGGGAGGAAUUUGCUUAUCUGUCACGACAAUUUAAGAAAAUUUUCAAAUAUCAAAAUUCCACAAAUCACGACUCAAGAAAUCACUCAGGUAUAAAUUCAAAAAUUAAGCAUGGUGAUUAUACUGAUGGUAAUUUUAAAUCUCGCAGGUUUACUGAGAAGAAAACCACUAAAGAGAGAGUCAAGUGCUAUGAAUACGAAGGAUACGGGCAUAUUUCCUCAGAAUGUGCUAACACACAAAAGAAACAAAAUGGAAAAGCCAAAGCACUGAAUGUAACCUGGAGUGACAGUGAUUCAGAAUCAGAAAGUGAAGAAAAUACCAUUGCAUUAAUCACCACUGUCAGUUUGGAUAAGGCACAAGAAAACAAUGGGAAUGAUGAACCAAACAUUGAUUAUGUGCUGGAAAAGUAUGACGAUCUUUUGGCUGCGUCUCAGAAACUCCACAAACGCAACAGAGAGCUUGUCAAAAGAGUUGCUGUGCUGGAACUUGAAAACAGCAGGACUGCCAGGACAUUGCAAUCCUCUGCUGCUGAACCAGAAACAAUGGGUGAAGGUAUGUGCGAAAAAUUGGAAAUAUUACAGAAAAAAUGCAUUGAUCAAAAUAAAUUAAUUGAUUCUUUGACCUCUGACAAUCAAGCCCUUGAAAUUGAGCUUAAAAGUUCAAAGGAAAGGAUUAUUGCUUUGACAAUUGGUGCAGAAAAAAUUGACAGAAUGAUUAGCAUUGGUCGAAGAGAUGGAGACAAACGUGGCUUAGGUUUUGAUUCAAUCAACAAGUCUUCUGCUGUAUCCGUCACGAAGUUUGUCAAACCAUCACUUUCUACUGGUAUUCCAACUUCUCAAACAACUCAGAGAUUCAUACCCACGUGUCACUUUUGUGGAGCUCUUGGACAUAUCCGACCAAAAUGCAAACUGCUCCAACAAAUUUCAGUAAGUGAAAAAUCCACCAAGGAGGGACAGGUAAGAAGUCAAUACGAGAUUGCAUAUCUUGUAAAAGAGGUGAGGACAAGUGAGGAUCAUCUUGAUUUAUGGCAUCAACGUUUGGGACAUAUGAACUAUCAAGACUUAAUCAAAUUGUCUAAAUGUGAAUCUGUAAGAGGUUUGCCUAAUCUUUCAGGUAGACGUGAGGGUGUUUGUGAAGGGUGCCAACUGGGGAAGGAAACCAAAAACCCUCACAAAACUACAAACUCAAUCUCUACUUCUAAAACUUUGGAACUGAUGCAUAUGGAUUUAGUUGGUCCAAUUCAGGUUGCUAGCUUGGGAGGAAAGAAAUACAUUCUUGUCUUAGUGGAUGAUUUCUCACGUUUUACUUGGGUCAUAUUUUUGCAAGAUAAGACAGAAGCCUUUAAUUCUUUUCAUGUCUUGUACAAACUAAUCAUGAAUGAAAAACAUGAGACUAAUUCGUGCAUCAUAAGACUUAGGACAGAUCAUGGAACGGAAUUUGAAAAUCAAGCUUUCUCUAAUUUUUGUUCUGAAAAAGGAAUAAAACAUGAAUUUUCUGCUCCAAUCACUCCCCAACAAAAUGGGGUAGUUGAAAGGAAAAAUAGAGUCCUUCUCGACAUGGCUCGUGUCAUGUUAAAAAGUGCCAAAUUGGCAGAUCUUUUUUGGGCUGAAGCCAUUAGUACUGCAUGCUAUACAUCUAAUCGUGCAUUUUUCAGGCCACAUACAAAGAGUACUCCGUAUGAAAUUUGGAAAGGGAAGAAACCAAAUGUCAAGCACUUAAGGACUUUUGGUAGCAAAUGCUACAUCUACAAAGACAGGGAGUAUCUUGGAAAAUUUGAUGCAAGAAGUGAUGUUGGAAUUUUUCUUGGUUACUCUAUGAAUAGUCGAGCAUAUAGGGCGUUUAAUAGUCGUACUAAAACAAUAAUGGAAUCAUCUAAUGUGGUUGUAAAUGACACCUCUAUAUUGCAGGUUGAAACAAGUCAUGAAGAUACAGAUCUGGAAACUCACGAAUUUGCUGAUAUUACUGAAACUGAUUUCGAGGAUUGUAACCAGCCUUUCAAUCCUGUGAUACGUAGACCUGGUGCUAAACAAGUUCAGAAAGAUCACUCACCCUCUGAUAUUAUAGGGAAUGUUCAUGACAAAUUGAGAACUUGA